AUGUUGCUCAAAGUGUAUGGAGACUCAGCCUUGGUGAUUCACCAGCUGAGGGGAGAAUGGGAGACUAGGGAUCAUAAGCUAAUACCCUAUCAAACUUACAUCAAGAAGUUUGUUGAGUUCUUCGAUGAUGUCUCUUUCCACCACAUUACCAGAGAAGAGAAUCAAAUGGUCGAUGCGCUCACCACUCUAGCAUCCAUGUUCCAGCUGACUCCGCAUGGAGACUUGUCGUACAUCGAGUUCAGAUGUCGCGGCAAGCCCAUGCAUUGUUGUUUAAUAGAAGAGGAACAAGACGGUAAACCUUGGUACUUCGACAUCAAGCGAUACAUCAAAAACAAGGAGUACACACAAGAGGCUUCUGACAACGAUAAAGAACAUUAA